AUGCCAGAGCAAUUGGAAGAUGUUGUCAAGAUCACUCUUUCCGCCUAUAAAUUGGAUAAUGUCGAUGUACGCGAAGCAAUACGUGAAAUAUAUAAUACUGAAAUAAUUGGAUUAGCAAAUUCAGCUGGGAUAUCUAAUCAAAGUUGGGAUGCUCCAACGUUUGCACAAAGUUCAAGACCCAUAGUCAAUUCGUGCCCACCUCCAAAUGUACGGAUAGAAGUUUUCCAUAACAAAGAUCCCGACCGUAGUCAUGCUUUAUCUAAAUAUGUGGGAAUCGCUAUUCCAUAUGCAAUCAAUCCUUUUUACCCUAACCCAAAUCAAAUCUAA